AUGAGUGUCAUCCGAACGAUUGCGAUCGUCAUCCUCAGUAUCUCGUUCGCGCUCUUUGUCGCGCUCUUUGGCCGGCUGCCCAUCUUCAGACGUACGCCUGUUGCUUUCCUGCACCGACUGCUCUGGAAGCACAUCCCCAAUGGCUUCAUCGCGGUGGAUGACCGAGUGACCGACCGCCGCAUCACCCGGAGCCUCGCUCGGACGGGCGACUAUCUUAUGAAUGAAGCUCACCCACUGGUUCUGAUCUUUUUCGUGUUGCUACAAGUCAUCUCAGAGCUUCUCUUCAUCCCAGCGGCAUGGGGGCGACUCUCGACAUCUCAAAUCGUGGCAUUGCCUCCCCUGGUCCUCGCGCCCUUGGUGUUUCUCUAUCUGUCAACCACGACCUCCAGCAACAUCACUGCGCAAAACCACCGCUCUUCGAUGCUUGCGUAUCCCUAUGACUACGCUCUCUUCCACCCGGGCUACUUCUGCAGCACCUGUCGCCACGCGAAGCCGCCUCGUUCGAAGCACUGUUCUCUCUGCAAGGCGUGUGUCCAGAAACAGGAUCAUCACUGCAUCUGGAUCAACAACUGUGUCGGCCGGAACAACUACCUGUGGUUCAACCUCCUGCUAGUCAGUAUAGCCGUUCUGCUGGCUUACGGGGCCAUCCUCGGCUAUCUGGUCUUAGAUGCACAACUACAGCAGAGGUUCGUUCCUGCUGCUCUCACAAAGGGGAGUCUUACUGCGAAACGCUGGAGCACCACAAUGACCUGGAGUGAUUUUGCGAACUGCUGGGCUUGGGUGAUCAGCAGGGAAUGGCGCAUCGGUGCCGUCAUGAUGCUGGCAGUCAUGUCAUGUCCACUCGCGGUGGCAUUUCUGAUCUACCACGUCUACUUGCUUUGGGCGGGAAUGACUACAAACGAGAGUGCCAAAUGGGGGGAGUGGAAGGAGGACAUCGCGGACGGUAUGGCUUACAGAGCCGAGAUGCGCAGGAUCAGAGAAAGCUAUCCGCCACUGCCUGAAGAUGUCGAGCCUCGGGAGGAACAAGUCAGAUGGCCGGCGGGAGUCAGGGCCAAAUGGUGGAUGAUCCGGACAAAGAAUGGCAAGCCACCGAUGAAGAAGAUCGUGGGGGAAGCAUCACACACGGAUCCCGACCAACCCAAAGAAGAGCCUGAUGAGCGAUGGGUCAAGGUCAAGUCCAUUGCGGAAGUCGAGAAUCUUUAUGACCUGGGCUUUUGGGACAAUCUGGUUGAUGGGCUCUUCAACCGAGGCUGA